GCUUGGGCGGUGGGUCAGCUGACCCGGGGGGCCGUGGCUUUAGUUAGGCCGUUUGCCUGGCCCUCUGAGUCGCCGCAGCCAUGGCCAGCCAGUCGCAGGGGAUCCAGCAGCUGCUGCAGGCGGAGAAGCGGGCCGCAGAGAAGGUGUCGGAGGCCCGCAAGCGAAAGAAUCGGAGGCUGAAGCAGGCCAAAGAAGAAGCUCAGGCUGAAAUUGAACAGUACCGCCUGCAGAGGGAGAAAGAGUUCAAGGCCAAGGAAGCUGCGGCACUGGGAUCCCAUGGCAGCUGCAGCACUGAAGUGGAGAAGGAGACCCAGGAAAAGAUGACCAUCCUGCAAACCUACUUCCGGCAGAACAGGGACGAAGUCUUGGAUAAUCUCUUGGCUUUUGUCUGCGACAUCCGACCAGAAAUCCAUGAAAACUACCGCAUAAAUGGAUAGGAGAAAGAAGCACCUAUUCCCUGGUUAGCACUUCAGAACGUGAAGUGCCUUGAGGAAUGUGGAGCUUUAGCAGAGCCUGGGUUCUGUUCUUAGAAAGGCAUUAAAUUAUUUCUCUAUGAUAUAGUAGGUCCCUUUUGGAGAGUAGCAAAUCUAGCUUCUUUGUACAGCCUUAGUCCUUAUCCAAAGGUGUCAUCUUUUUACCUCAUCCUUCUUAGGAAUUUACUGAGUAUGUGUUGUUGUUUUCCUAUGCCUUCUAGCUCAAGCAAUGGAUGUAUCAAUGUUGACUUUUUCUUUCUUAGAUCUAGUAGAAAAAAAACAAUUCUUUGAAGAAAGAAAGGGAUUAAAUAAUUUUUUUCCCUUAUACUUUCUUGAAGGUCAGGGGCUUUAUCUAUGAAAAAGUAGUAAAUAGUUAUUUGUAACUUGUCUGAAGCAGCAGCCAGCCUUAAAGUCGUCCAUUCUGACUAAGGAUUAGAACAAUGAAUACUAACAUACUUGUUUGGGCUGCUGUUAGUUUAUUUUAAUCAAAAUUAUUAGAUGAUAGGACUCAAGAAUUUGUUACAUGUUAUUAUUUGGUGUGAUGAUAAUCAUUUAAAAGUAAAGACUUUGCCAUACA